ACAAGAUCCUGGAUCUAAUCUAGACUCUAGACUAGAAACUAGAGGUAGAACUUAGGGCUUAGGCUUAGGGUAUAGCAAACUUAGUCUAGAACUGUGAUUAGUGGAAAGAGAGUUACUCAACAAAUUAAAUGCGACAGAAGAGUCUUUAUUGAGAAAUUCUGAACAAAAGUUUUAAUAUGUAUGCAGCGCUGAGAGUUUGCUAGUUUGUCAAGCACAAUAUAGGCACCAUGAUGAAAAAAGAGGCUGCUUUGAAUUAUGAGCUGUGGUAGGGAAACUCUUCAAUGUUCAGCAACUACAGCUACCACAGUGAUGUGGUGAGCCUGGCUGAACUUCAGGAGCCAGGGGAGUUAUGGGAAUUAGAAGAGACCAUUGGAGAGGGCACCUAUGGAGAGGUGUACCUUGGAACAAAUAAAAAGACAGGUGAGCAUGUGGCCAUCAAGGUAAUGGAGUCUGUGAGUGAAGUGAUUGAGGAGGUAGAGCAGGAGUACAGAGUUCUGAGGGAUCUGAGUGGACAUCCCAACAUGCCCAAGUUUUACGGCAUGUACCUAAAGCGGCGUCAACUGGGAAGUGCUACAGAGGACCAGAUCUGGAUUGUAAUGGAGCUGUGUAAAGGUGGUUCAGUGACAGACCUUGCCAGACAUCUUAUCUCCAAGUCUCAAUGCUUGGAAGAGGUUCUCAUUGCUUUCAUCCUUAUGGAAACAUUACAGGUCCUUGUUCAUUUACAUUCCAAUAAUGUUAUUCAUAGAGAUGUCAAAGGUCAUAAUAUUCUGUUAACUAGUGCAGGAAACAUUAAAAUGGUGGACUUUGGUGUGUCUGGGCAUUUACAGUCUCCAACUGAUAGGAAAAAGACUCAUGUUGGUACUCCUUACUGGAUGGCCCCUGAGGUGAUUGCAUGUGAGCAGCAGCUGGACUACACUUAUGAUGUCCGAUGUGAUGUUUGGUCAUUGGGUAUCACUGCUAUAGAGCUGGCUGAUGGGAAGCCACCCCUGGCUGAAUUCGACCCAAGAAGAGCUUUGUUCAAAAUACCCAGAAGUCCUGCUCCCAAGCUACGUCAUCCAGAAAGAUGGUCCGCAGAAUUCAGUGACUUCAUUGCAAAAUGUUUGAUCAAAGACUUUGAACAGAGGCCAUAUGCCAGGGAACUUUUGUCCCAUCCAUUUCUGAGGAUAGUCCCUAAAGACACGUCUCAGCUCAAAGCCACACUGGUUAAUAUCACCUCCACCAUGGAGAGGAAAGUGUCCCAGCCAGACGUCACAACCAAGCAUGGGCAGUUCAAGUCCAACAGAAAGUCCCGGAGAGAUGUUGCCACAGUUGAAAACCUUGCAAUGCUAGAAGUCCUAGAUGAGGAAAGUAUUGUCAACCAGUUACACAGCCGUUACAACCAGGAUGAAAUCUACACCUACAUUGGGGACAUCCUCCUGGCUGUCAACCCUUUCAUCACCCUCCCCAUCUACACAGAGGAGUACAUCAGAAGGUACAUACACAGCACAAAGGCAGAACACCCCCCACACAUCUUUGCUGUUGCAGACCAAUCCUACCAAAUGAUGAUGCAUAAUAAACACAACCAGUGUAUAGUGAUCAGUGGUGAAUCUGGUGCUGGUAAAACUGAGAGUGCAAACUUGCUGGUCCAACAGCUGACUCAACUUGGAAAGGCCCCUAACAGAACACUGGAAGAUAGAAUAUUACAAGUUAAUCCUCUGAUGGAAGCAUUUGGUAAUGCCAAGACAGUCAUCAAUGAUAACUCAAGUCGCUUUGGGAAAUAUUUAGAGAUGUUUUUUACUUCAUCAACAGGGGCAGUGGUAGGAGCCAAAAUAACUGAGUACUUGUUAGAGAAAUCCAGAGUAAUUCACCAAGCAGUGAAUGAACAGAACUUCCAUAUUUUUUACUAUUUACAUGAUGGCCUUAUGUCCAGUGACAGGAAAGCUGAGUACCACUUAAGACCUGAUACAGCUUAUAGAUAUAUCACAGAGUAUACAAAUAAAGCCCCAGACAUUUCUUCCAUCUCCCUGAACCGUGUCAAGUUCAAGACCAUAGAGCAUUGUUUUGAAAUCAUUGGCUUUAAGAAAGAGGAAGUUAGCUCAGUCUAUGCUAUUUUAGUCGCAAUUUUACAGACAGGAAAUGUGGAGUUCACAGCUAAGGAUUCUGGGUAUGGUGGGGAGGCAUGUGUAGUUGCCAAUCAAGAACUCAUCUCCAUAGUCUCGGAGCUGCUUGGGUUAGACUAUGUGGAUCUUUUGGACAGCUUGACGACAACUGGGAUGGUGGCCAAAGGGGAGGUCAUUAUCAGGGAUAACUCUGUUCAGGAGGCCGAAGACGCAAGGGAUGCCAUGGCCAAAGCACUCUAUGGCAGGCUUUUUAGUUGGAUAGUCAACCGAAUAAGUUCUUUAUUAAGACCCGGUCAUGUCACUGGUCAAGAUGAGCAGUUCUUUACCAUCGGCCUGUUGGACAUUUUUGGCUUUGAGAAUUUCAAAACAAACUCAUUUGAACAGCUUUGCAUUAACAUAGCCAACGAACAAAUCCAGUACUACUUCAAUCAACACAUCUUUGCUUGGGAGCUGGAAGAAUAUAAAAAUGAGGAGAUUGAUGCCACCGAAGUUGCUUAUGUCGACAACCGUCCAAUUCUAGACAUGUUUUUAUCCAAACCUGUUGGUCUUCUGUCUCUCUUGGAUGAAGAGAGUCAUUUCCCUAAAGCUACAGACACAACACUAGUUGAGAAAUUUCACCAGAACAUAAAAUCUCCCAUUUAUUCCAGACCUAAGUCUAAUGACCUGACUUUCAGCAUUGACCACUACGCUGGCCGGGUUGAAUAUGAUGCACAGGGAUUCCUUGAAAAAAAUCGUGACCGCCUUCCAAUAGAAAUAACAAACAUAAUGAGGAUGUCAGAAAACAGUGUGGUUAAAUCACUCUUCCAAACGCCACUCACAAAAACAGGUAACCUUGACAGCGGCAGCAUCCAUUCCAGCUCAAAGAACAGCAGCAGAGGCACCAGCCCAAUGUCCACUUCACCUGGAGUCACCACCACCUCAUACACAUCCAAAGGCUCAAUGGGGGGCAGUAGGAUAUACCACCAUUUAUGGUCACCCUCUAGCUCUGGACCCACCAACUCCAAUUAUUUGCUUCCAUUACCUGGCCACAACCUGUUGAAGCCAAUGCACACACAAGGGUCAGCUAGUAUGACUAGGAUCCAACAGACAGUGGCUACUUACUUUAGGUACUCCCUGAUGGACUUGUUGAACAAGAUGGUCAGCGGUACUCCACAUUUUGUCAGGUGUUUGAAACCCAAUGACUUCAAGGAGCCAGGCCACUUUAAUGCUGAGCGUAUCACCUCACAGUUGCGCUACACGGGUGUUCUGGAAACAACACGCAUCAGAAGACAGGGAUAUUCUCAUAGAAUACCAUUCUCUGAAUUUUUGAAAAGGUAUCAUGUGUUAGGGUUUAAGCAAGGGGACAGAAUUACUAUUAAUGGAGAAAGCUGCAGACGUCUGCUAAACAAUUUAGGGAUGAAAAAUUUUGCUAUUGGUAAAUCUAAGGUUUUUCUGAAGUAUUACCAUGUGGAAGAAUUAGCCCAGUGCUAUGAAGACAUGUGUCAGAAGGUGGUACGAGUCCAAGCCUAUGUCCGCAUGUGGCUAGCCAGAACCAGAUUCUACAAGAUGAAAUGGAAGAGGGAGAAGGCCUGCAUUGUCAUCCAAAAAAACACAAGAGCUUACAUCACCAGGAAGAAAUACACAGCUAUCAAAUCCAAGAGGGAUGAGGCAGCAACCGUAAUACAAAAAGCAAUAAAAGGUCACAUCACUAGGAAAAAAUACAAGCCCAUCAUCAGACAGAGGCAUGAGGCAGCAGUCAAAAUACAGUCCAACGUCAGGGGCUACAUCUGCAGGAAGAAAGUGAAUCGAAUGAAGAGCAUCCAAGAGGAGGAAGAGCAGCAGAUGAAGAAGUUGGCAGAAGAAGAAAAAGCAAGGCUUAUACAGAAGAACUUCAGGCUGUACAGAUUAAAGAAAAGAACAGAUGCCAGGCUGCAGAUCAAACAGAGACAGGAGAUGUCAGCCACUAAGAUUCAGGCUUAUUUCAGAAUGUGGCGAGAGAAGACAGCUUACCUUAAGAGGCGUAAAGACAUGCAAAAACAUCAGUCCAUGCAAAAACAUCAGUCCAUGCAAAAACAUCAGUCCAUGCAAAAAACUUCCCAGCAGACGUCAACUAAAAGUACUGUAAGGAAGUCUCAAAAGGUCAGUUCUGUUCAUAAAGACAUUCCACAAAUUUCCAGCUAUGUUCCACAAUCACCUCAAAAGAAAGUCUGGGAGCAGGUGUCUGUACAGGAGGUGGGGGAGUCCAGGCUGGAACAGAUGAAGAAGAUGCAUGUUGAGAAGGAGGUGAUCCCCCAGCCAGAGGCUGACUACUACAACAGUGUGGCCAAUGAGGAGGAGGUCAGCAUGAGUGGACUUGGGGGGACUCUGAGUGGCCUCAUGAAUCUUGGCGGUCUGACUAUGAACCCCUCGGUCAUCAUCAAUAAUGAGGAUGGAUCAGUGGAACCUGACUUUGAAAUGGAUGAGGAGGUGAUGAACUUUAUGCAUGGACAUAUACACAGACAGCUGAUGAAGCUCACCCAUAAGGGCCCCAUGGCCGAGAAUAGGACGGAGCACGGCCUGAUGGACAGGGACACCAAGGCCUAUUUCGAAGAAGUGAUCCGGGGCUCGGCCCUGUUCGGGCUCCUUCCCUCCCGGGACAACGACGGCUUUGGGGAUGAGGAAGAGGAAAUCUUCGACUAUAGCCAAGCAGAAGAUAAUGAUCCGGACUAUCAAAGCGAGCCAGAUCACGUGGACACCGCGAGGAACCAGUUGAGUCGAAUUCUGCUGGCCAAAAAAGUGGCCGAGGCGUUCAUGGCCAAUAAGCCCGACAAACACGCCGCUGGGGAGGUAGACGACAACAGCACUAGGAACACUGUCACUCAAAGUGACAGCAUGAACGGCCUGUCCUGGGAUGCGCCCCUGAGGACUGCCAGAGAAAGCGCCCUGGCUCCCGAUGAUUACAAUGAGAAUGAACAUAACCCUCAACGCAGUGACUUCAUCAUAGAGGCAGACCUACAGACAGAGAGAGAGGACCUCUUAGAGGAAGAUAGUCCAACAGAACUGGCCAAGAGGUUAGAAUCUGAGCUUACUGGAAGCAUCCUGGCUUUGUGGCAGCAGAGGUUGACCCAGUCAACAUCUUUUGAAGGGGAGAUUGAAAUUGAGUAUGCAGAGUCUGAUAUCAACAGCAGUGGUCCACCGUCCCCGAGCAGCGAUGACCCAUCUGUUCUCCCACAUCCAGAUCUUGUCAAUCACAAUUUUGGAAAUACGGAUCGAAACGGUAACAGGGCCACCACUAAGCUUCCCAUGCCAAGCUCAAGUGAGGGAACCAACGCCACCCUGGAAGAGAUGAGGUCCAAACUGAGGAAAACAAAGUUUGACUACAACACCGACACCAAGGUUCGAAUUUCAGAGGCUACCCCGCUUUUAGAUUAUAGGAGUGUCCUCAAGAAGAAAGGAAAUGUUUAAAAAUAUAUAUAUAUUUUUUUAUCUCAGUGACAAUAUAAAUAAUGACUUUCCCAUGAGUCUUCUGUCAUUUUGGCAAAUGUGAUACUUAUCCAUUAUCCUAUUUAAUGUAGCAUUCAGAUAUAUACAUAUAUAUUUAUAUAUAUACACAAAAAUUAACAAAAGAUCUCUAUAUUGUUUAUAAUGACGUAUUUUGUAUAAAAAAUUUAUUAUCCUUUCAGUAAAUAUUUUAAUAAAAUAUUUUUGAAACAAGCACAAAUAUUAAAAUUUUUGAAUCAUGUACUUUUUUUUUGUAUUAUUGGGUUUAAAUUAUCUUCUUUUUUUAUCCUAAAUUUCUUUAAAAAAAAAAAUUUUAUAUUUUGUUUCAUCUUAAUGUGAUAUAUAAUUUACCUUAAAAUUGACAAUAUUUUUUUUUGUGGGUUUCAUUUAUUUUGUUUUUGGUUUGAGAAUGAGCUGCCAACAUUGCUGUUUUCUAUUUCAAUGUUAACUAGACAUUCCAGGCUCACAUUUACAUGAAUUGUUUGAAAGUCAUUUUUUUUUUUUGAAAUGGCCGAACUUUCAAAGUGUUUUCACUUUUGGCCUACACAAAGAUGUGUAACAAUGGAAUGUUGUUGUAGUUACUUAUAGGAAUUAUUAUACAGUCAUUUUGUUACUAUGGACUUUAUUUAUUUAUUUUUGUCAAUUGUUGGGGAUAGUUUUAUGUGAUUUUAUUAGAAUCAAAAUAUACAUGGGACCAUCUAGGGUGAUAUUCAGUGUUGAUAUAGGUGACAACUUCUUUACCAUCCUUCUUAUCCCAUAUGCUAGGACAAAUCAAACAAGUGCCCCUUCUUCCCUAGUGCCAUUUUGAGCCAAAAACAGAUUGCCUGAGUCAGCCAGGAAAACUAAUGACUUAGCCAAGUCUAUAACUAACAUACAACAUUAGAUUAUAAUUCAUCUACUUAUGUAGGAUACAUCCUUCUUAUCUCGUAUCGAUUUAUGUAGGACAUAAUUAGUUUCUUUUUUGACGGAAAAUACCCAUGGAUAAGCAAUGGCAGCUGUCUUAUUUUUGCUCAUAUGAUUUUUCUAGGCAUUUGACCUAUUUAUUGUAUCCAUGGAGGAACAUGGGCUCCCAUCUACAGCUCUCCAUAGACUUUGCACAGCUCUUGUGCCCCAUAACAUCUUUGCUUUUUUUUUUAUUGUCAAGUCUUACUUUUAUGUAAAUUCAGUCUGACCGAAAUUAAGACAAACUAGAAUUCUGUUAAGGAUGAGACUGUUUUGAAUUAUUGAAACACUACAACUAUAUCAAUCUAAAUAUAAAUUUUCUUCAAAUUUUCUUAUUGCAAAUUUUCUUAUUGCUUGACCUACAAAAAGAUAUUGAAAUAGUGAUUUUAUAUAAUUCAACUUUUUUUUUACAUAUACUUUAGAAGAAAUAUUUGGGUACAAUUAUUAUAUUUGUUUACAUUUAUUAAGGUUGUGGCAAUAGUAUCUUGUAAAUGAACAUGAUUCCUUAUCAAUUAUCUGUAUAUUUCCAAAUAAAAUGCUAAUUAACAUUCUAUUGUGUAUGUAUUUAUGAAUGUUUCAAACUAACCUACUUUAUAAAUUACUUACUCCCAUCUGUGCUUUGAAAUAUUUGUGUUGCUUCAUAAUGCUUCACAUUGAGGAUGAUGAAAACUGUUUAAGUGUUAAUUCUUCCUUGAUCUAAUGAAAACUUCAAAGUAAUCUUGGUAAAUGUGUAGAUGCCCUUGCAUUAUUUUUAUACAAGUCACCUGUUACUUCCUUUCUGAAAUAUUGUAACACUUAAUUACAAAAGUGUAAACAAACUUUCAAGAAGACUAUUUAAAUAUAUUAAUGUAACUAGUUGAAAAGUAUGCAUUAAAUAAUGUAAUCCAUCAGGAUCAAUUUCCUCUGGGACAUACAAUAGUUUAAUUCAGCAGACCUAUUUAAAGCCCAACACUUUUUAAUUCAAAACAUUAAUUCAUCACAGAGACAGUGCAUGCAUCUUUUGCUACUGCAUUUUGUGCCAGUUGCCCAUUAAGUAGUGAUAAGUUUAAAGUUCUUAUCUAUGACUACUGUAUGACAGUUUUCCUGGCUUUUUUUAGUGUUAAAGAUUUGACUUACACAAUGAUCAGGAUAAUUGGCAAUUAUAAGCAUGAAACGUUAUGUCUUCCUUAAAAAAAUGGUAAAUUAUUUAGAGGUAUAAAAAAAAAAAGUAAAGUUCCCCUUUCAGACCUUGUGGUCUAUAGGGCAGAUGAUGUAAAGGUCAUCUGAUUCUGUGGCCUACGAUUAACGAGGGUGUCAUGUGGCCAGCACAACGACCAACCGCCUUUACUUUUCCCCAACUAAUGUCAGGUACCCAUUAGAGCUGGGUGGACUCAGAGGUGCCCAAGGUCCCGAAAUAAAAAUCCCAGUCUUCACCAGGAUUUGAACCCGGGACCCCCGGUUCAGAAGCCAAGCGCUUUACCGCUCAGCCACCGCACCUCCAUUUAGAGGUAUGACUACGGUAAAACUCCCACUGUUUUAUCUAGCUAAUAUCCCUACUUUGACGAAGCUUUCUCUUUCUCAUUUAUAUUUUAGCCUUGAAACAGAAUUUCUUAUUACACCAUAACUAGUGUAUUUGUGACAUAUAGUCAAAUUCUUUGAAGUAGCCUACAGCUAACCUUUAAGACGUUUGCGGUAAUCAAACACACCCCCCCCCCUUCCAGUUCCAUAAUCCCAUAAUCGUCAGACUAUCAAGAGUCAACUGUGUAUCUAAUGUUUAUUAUUUUUUAUUUUAGUGAUAACAAGUGAUAAAUAUUUCUGUGCACACAGAAGUUGUGUAUGCACACUAAUCAAAUUGUUGAUAAUAGUUGUUACAGCUUACUAUGAGCAGAUGGUACUGAUGCAGGCAUCCUCCAAUCUGGCACUGAUAGUUAUAAAGAUGCUGUAAGCUUAGUCUUGGGUUCAAACCUUUUUUUUUUUUAUUUUCCUUGUUGUCUUCAUCACAAUAUUGUAUUCUAAAGAUGAUACACAAUUUUUUUUUACUUACAAAUGUUACAUUCAGCAGGGUCUGAAGGAAGACAAUAUUGAAACAUCAACUUGUUCACUUGUUCAAAUGAAUUCAAAAUCUCCUGAAUUUGUUUGGUGUUUUUUAAUUUAGAUAUUACUGAAGGCUGGGCGGUGAAGGAAAUGUUUUUCUAACAUUUUGUUUACAUGUUCAAAAAUUAUAAAAAAAAAAAAAAGAAAUUUUGUUUGUAAAAUCUUCAUACAGCAAGCAGUCUUCUACAAAGGUUUACUAAACCAGAGUCCUGGUAAAGAAACUUAACUUAGAAAUUGUGUCAUUAAAUGAAUGCCUAGAUCUUCAUUUUUUCAUUAACUCGCAAUUGAUUCUAGAUACUUAUAUUUUAAUUUCUGUCGUUUUCUCAAGUUUGAUGUUGUCUUCAUGUGAUUGCCUUUUUUUUUUCAGUAAAGCUACUAAUGUCAUUAUUUGUAUGUACAUAUAAAUAUAAAUGAUUUAUAGGAUUUGUAUAAAUGAUUCUUUAAUAUUUAUGUUGGUUAAGCUAAGUCCCUACAUUUAUCUGAAAAUUGAAAAAUAUAAUUAUAUUUAUGAACUAAAAAAACGAAUUUUAAGACAGAAUAUAAAAUCUAACUAGAGCUUUUCAAGACACUGUUAUUGUAUAUUUUUUUAAAACAUUUUAUGUUAUAGUUGUCCUCAUUAUUAAUGUGAUGUUUUUCAAUGGUAUGGAUAUAGUUAUUUCAAAAUGAUGUGUUUAUCAAUGCAAAUAGUUUUUUUGACCUUUACAAUUAUUGUUCCGAGCAAACUUGUUAACUUUUGAAACAGUUUCAACUCUUGAACAUUUUUGUGUAAAUUAUUAAUGUACCUGUUAAUUGAUUUAAUUAAGUUAGCUGUUGUAGUUAUAUAGAUGUAGUGGACUUUUAUUUUUUUGGUGGUUAAAUUUGACACUUAAAACCACAUUUAGUUCUACUUUCAUUUUACCUCUUCUAUUUGUUUCAAAGAAAAUUUGGCAACGAUCAAAGCUUUUGAUUUUACUUUUUUUCUUAGUUUUUAACUUUUCAUAUUAUCAUGUCAAUAAGAUUCUCAGUUAUCUAGGUUUAGUAAAUUGAGAUCUUUUUAUUGAAUACAAUUUUUUAAUAUAGAGAAAUAUCCUCUUCCCACUAAAAAAUAAAUCGUACACAUCCCAAGGGCUGUAAUGCUUUGUCUUUGAUUUUGACAAUUAAGUAUUACUGCUUUAUUUACACAACCACACAAUCCAUUUGGGACCUGCAUACUUUGCAACGUCUGAUGCAGACAAAGCCUUGUCCGCUGGGUGUCUAUUUAAGUUUUCUUUUUCGUGGUAUGCACCAGUCUUCUACAAGGGUUUUUCUUAUGGGCUCUUAGUACUACACAUAAUUUUUUAAUUGGUUGCUAAUCCUGAUGGUCCCUGAUGAAAAUGAAAGGUUGUGAACAAUUAAUAAAGCUGUUUCUUGGUGAUAAGGUACUGGACAAUAAAAGCAGGUGAGACUGUCAUGAUGAAUGUCCAACAUUGAACAAAUGGGAUGAACUCCUCAACACAGUGAAGCUUUUAAAGUUUGGACGGUUAUGAUAAACUGUGAGUCAAGGCUGUCACUGCCGGUGGCUUUUUCCUGAGAGCAAUGAAGUAUCUUGGUGGUAUGUGUUAUCCCAUCACAAGCUGAUCAUCCUGAUGCUCCUAGGUUUGAACCCUGCUAUUCUCCCAUAGUCAUGCAGCAGGUUUUGGUUCGGAUCUAAUAAUCUUUAAAUCUUAAAGAAAAUCAGAAACAUGUAAAACAAACAAGCCAUGUUGCCGAUUGUAUUGUGACCCAAUGCCUAUUGUUACCUAAUUAAGUUCACCCUCUGUUUAGUGUUCCCUUCUGACAUUCUUUCUUCAAUUAGUCAUUAACUCUAAUCAUUGAGCCAAAAUUUAACAAUAACUUGAUUUCAUUUCCAUCUAGCCUUAGUAUCAGAGCAAAGACAAAACUGAACUAUAGGCUGUACAUUUCUUUCUUUGUAAUUUUUUUUUUUAGCUGUUGUAUUUUAAUUUCUUUGAAAGCUACUUGUGUUCAAGCAUUUCAUGUCUGACAUGAUAACCCAAAUCACUUGUUCACUCCUCUGACAUAGCAGCGCAUGUAUUUUUUAAGCAAUUUUACAUCAAUGUGUUCAAAUUGUCCUAUGUUUAAGUAUUCUUACAAUGCAGUUGAAAAAGGAAAAAAGAGUUUGUUGGUUAACAAAAAUAUAAGAUUUAUAAAUAUUAAAGAUAUAAACUAAGUUGAAAGUAAAGUUCCCUUUUUCAGCGGAAAUAUAUGGGGCAGAUCAUCUUUUUGUCGCCCUUGAUUAACAAGGGUUAUAGGUCGGCAGCGCAAUGACCAACCGCCUUUACUCUUCCCCAUCUAAUGUCAGGUACCCUGUAGAGUUGUGUGGUCUCAGGGGCACCAUGAAAAAUCUUGAAUUUCAGAAUCCCAGUUUUCACUGGGAUUUGAACCAUGUACCCCUUGGUUCAGAAGCAGAGCUCUUUGUCACUUGACCACCACAAAGAGAUAAAUAAUUAAUGACAAUUUGGUCAAUUUUAAAUGUUUUUAAUAAAGUUUUUGUCAAUUUUUUGGUCUUUUUCUUCUAGAUCAUUAUAGUUCUAAUGUUUAAGACCAACUGAUUAAAAAUUUUACCUUAUUAAGUUUAAUAUCAAUAAUCAUUCUAUAAAUUGUUCAUUAUUAUUAUUUUUUUUAUAAUUUUCCCAAGCAAUAAGAUAAUAAGCGCUAUGUGAAAUAUGCAGCCUUAUUUUCACUGUAGGUCUUUUGUAGUGUUAUUUGAUUUGUGAACCUGUUAAUUCAGUAUUUCAAUAUUGAACACUUAUCUUUUGUUGUUUCUUGUUUUCUGCAAUAGAUUGCUUUCAUAAUACUAGCGACUGGAUUUUAGUUUCUCAAGAUAUACAGCAAUAACACACUGCUAUGAUUUGUAAUCUCAAUAAAUAUACAAUAAUGAUUUA